AUAAUUUAAAUGUUGUGCGCCUACUUUAAGUAGCACGGUAAAACGUCAUCAAAAUUACUAUAUUGCGCUUUGUUAUAUAAUUUCAGACUCUUUAUCCUUUGGUCCUUUAAUAUCUAAAUUUAUAAUGGCGUACUCUGGUUACGGAGGAGGACCACCGAGACAGCAAGGCUACCAACAACAACAACAACCACAUUAUCAACAGCAACAGUAUCCGGGUGGGUACGGUCAACCUCCUCAAACCCAACAACCAAAUUUGUCAGCCAUAUUCCAAAGUGUUGACAAAGACAGAAGUGGACAAAUUACAACUAAUGAAUUACAACAAGCACUUUCUAAUGGAACCUGGAAACCUUUUAAUCCUGAAACUGUUCGACUUAUGAUUGGUAUGUUUGACCACGACCACAGUGGUACUAUUGGCUUUAAUGAGUUCUCUGGAUUAUGGAAAUAUGUUACUGACUGGCAAUCUACAUUCCGUCAAUACGACCGUGAUAAUAGUGGAACCAUUGAUAAGAAUGAGUUAAAAACUGCUCUUGUUUCUUUUGGAUACAGACUCUCGGAUAAUUUUUUCACAAUCUUGUUACGAAAGUUUGAUCGUCAAAACAGAGGAACAAUCGCGUUUGACGAUUUUAUCCAAUGCUGCGUUGUGUUGCAGACAUUGACAAGUUCGUUUCGUCGCUACGACACCAACCAGAAUGGUUGGAUCAAUGUUUCGUACGAGCAGUUUCUUACCAUGGUCUUUAGUGUUCGUUCAUAAUGCACUUUACCCCCUCUGCCCCAAAUAUUGUUAGCACUCCAGUCUCAAUACUUAACUGGAACAGUAAAACUUAGCUGCUCAGAAGAGCAUUUGGUUUCCAUAGCAGUUCUGUAGUAGUUACCUAUUCCGGACCUAAUUGAUUGCACUACUUUAUACCAAAAUAUACGUUAACAUUUGAUUUAAGUGUAUGCAGACUCAAUUUUUGUACAUAUCUUCUAAAAUCUGUAGUUUCUGAAAUGUUUUACUCAAUUUUUCAAAUCUCGUUUUGUGUUAUUGGACUGCAACCAAGCCUACAAAGAAAUUGUAUUCAAAUUAUAAAGAUAAUUGUAUAAAUAUAACCAUGUAAAUUUAAA